AUGGCCUCUUCGUCCUCAGGCGUCGAGACGACGCCCGCCAGCUCCACCGAGCCCUCGCGCACCGCCACGCCCGCCUCCGCCGCCGUAGCUGAGAAGGCUCCCGAUGACAGCUCCAAGCUGAAGACGUUCCUCGGCAUCCUCAGAAAGUUUAUGGGUGUCUCAGACAUCGCCGCUGUCCGCUUCUCGCUGCCCGCGCAGCUGUUGGAACCGACGCCGAACUUGGAGUACUGGAAUUACUUGGAUCGCCCCGAGACUUUCAUUGCGAUCGGUGAUUCGGAAGAGGCUCUGGGACGCAUGCUUGGGACGCUUAGGUUCUGGUUUACAAAGGACUUGAAAUACGUCAAGGGCAAGCCCUGCAAGCCUUACAACUCGGCCUUGGGCGAAUUCUUCAGGUGUAACUGGGAGAUCGAAGACACUUCGCCACCGCUGAAGUCGGCCAAGGACAAGCCUGCGCAGAGCAGCGCCUCGAGCACCAUUUCCACCGGAAAGACCGUUAAGGUCUCGUACCUUACCGAGCAGACCUCCCACCAUCCUCCGGUCUCGGCCUUCUGGGUUGACUGCCCGGAGAAGGGAAUCACCGCCAAGGGCUAUGAUCAGCUCAGCGCAAAGUUCACCGGCACCAGCAUAAGAGUGACGCCUGGUGCGCACAACUUGGGCAUCUUCAUCACCCUGCACAAGUGGGACGAUGAGCAGUACCAACUUACACACCCCGCUGCCCACUUGGGUGGCUUGUUGAGAGGUUCCUUGAGUGUCACAGUCGCAGACAUCUGCUACAUCACCUGCCCGAAGACGAAGAUAAAAGUUAUCCUACACUAUCUGGAGGAAGGUUGGCUGGGUAAGACUCAGAACAAGGUUGAGGGUGUCAUCUUCACGUACGACCCAGAGAAGGACGACAAGACGAGGAUUAGGGAUGUUCCGGACAAGGAUGUCCUGGCACGUAUUGAGGGUUGCUGGCAUGACAAGAUUUACUACUCGAUCGGCAGCCAGCCCGUCAGCAAGGCAGCGGAGAAGAUACUACUCAUUGACGUCGGACCGCUCUUCCCUGUGCCUAAGAUCAUCCCCCCCGAGGAGGCGCAACUGCCGAACGAGUCUCGCAAGUUCUGGGGUGGUGUGACCGAAGCCAUCGUCACCAAGCAGUACGCGCUCGCCACGACCCGCAAGCAAGAGCUCGAGGAGCGCCAGCGCGAGAAGGCCGCGGUGCGCAAGGAGAAGGAAGCCGAAUGGCAACCCCGCUUCUUCUCGAACGCGACGGAUGCGAAUGGCAAGCCGGAUUUGACAGAGGAGGGUAGACUGGCGCUGGAUGGACUGCACAAGGGCGACUACAAGCUGGAGGAAAGUAAAGAGCUGGGCGCAUAG